CAGCAAAGCGAAGACUCAUUGACUUUUGAGGAAAAGAAGUAAGUAUCUCAGUCGAAAUUUCACAGAGCUAUCUUGUCUUCAUACAAGAAAUCAUAAGCAAGUUGUGUGAAUGGAGCCCUUUUGCUUUUUUAGAAAGAAGGAAGUAACUCGGUAAGGAGGUUGUGUUGUGUUGUGUUGGUAAGGAAGAAACUAGGUAAGGCAUGUGAAUGACAUUUGUGUCGUUUUUUUUCACAUCAUUAUUCGGUCAAUUGAACUGUCUAAUCUAGUUCGAAAGUCAGUUCUGAGAUCAAGUGAUUUCAACCGUCUCCAAUUAUAGUUGUAGGGAUCAAACCGUAGUUCUUCCUGCCGAUUUCAGCGUCAAUCACCGCUAAACCAACUAACAAUUGAUUUCUUGUAUCAUUAUUUUAUUUUCUAUAUGAAGGAGUAAAGAAAAUUGAAACCAUGUCAAUCAAAUAUCAUUUAUUGUUUUGUCUACACACAUUACUACAAUAUUUAGAGCUUCAAACAUGAACACACAUAUUGGUAGCCGGUUGAAAGCUGCAGCUGAAGCCGGUAAUAUAAAUGAUCUCUACAAAGUAAUUCAAGAUGAUCCAUCCAUUUUGGAGGAUAUAGAUUUAAUGCCAUUUAUUGAAACUCCUUUGCACAUCGCUGCAUCUCUUGGUCAUCUUCAAUUUGCCACUGAAAUUAUGAGGUUAAAACCUUCAUUUGCUUGGAAGCUAAAUCCACAAGGAUUCAGCCCCAUCCAUCUUGCUAUGCAUAAUGACCAAUGGACGAUGGUGUAUCGCUUUGUUAACCUCAAUAAAGACCUUGUUAGAGUUCAAGGGAGGGAAGGCAUGACUCCUCUUCAUUUUGCAAGUGAAAUUGGUGAGGUUGACCUAUUAACUACAUUUCUCAUCUUGUGUCCAGAAUCCAUUAAAUACUUGACUGUGAGGCGUGAAACUGCUCUGCAUAUUGCUAUUAAGAAUGGACAGUAUGAAGCCCUUCAAGUACUUGUUGGAUGGCUCAAAGUAAAUGAUGAGAGAGGCGCUAUAAAACUAGAGAAAGACAUACUAAACCAGAUGGAUGAGGCCGGCAACACCAUUUUGCAUAUUUCAGCACUAAGUAGCGAGCCGCAGGCUCUUAAAUUGUUGAUAAAGACUAGCAUAAAGUUGAAUGAAAAGAACUUGGACAACAAAACCUCAUUAGACAUAGCAACCAGUUCGGAGAUGAAGAGUAUAUUAUUCAGUGUUGGAGCAAAAUCUAGCUCAGAAGUCGUUGCUGCUCGGACAGUUGCACCUUUGCUUAUUAGAUCAGAUAUUAUUCUUCCCAAAUGGUUAAUUGGUCUAGCUCGCACAAAUGGAGAGAUAACAGAGGAGAAUCGCAACACUUGGUUAAUAAUUGCGACUCUUAUUGCAACUGCCAUGUAUGGAUCAAUUAUGAGUCCUCCCGGUGGAGUUUAUCAGAUUAGUGUUGGUGACGUCAAUAAUUUGAACAUCACUUCCUUCAAUUCUACUCUUCCUAAUCCUACCUUCGGAUUUCCUGGGAGCUCGGUAUUGUCACCACUGCGUUUCUAUGCGUUUUCAGUUUUGAAUACGCUUUCCUUUGUUCUAGCAAUUAUAGCAAUAUAUAUUCUGAUCCCAAAUGGGAAUGGGAUAGUAAGCAGUCUGGUACCCUUCUCAAUAGCUUUGUUUUUCAUGUCAUAUAUGCUUUCUUUGCAAUGGAUAACCCCGGACGAUGUAGAUUCUUAUCUAGUUUUUAUAAUUAUAGUUUUCAUUUUAAUUUUUUUUGUCAGUUUCUCAUUCUUUAGUGUAAUCGGUUUUAGACUAGACAGUUUCAAUGUACGUGUUUGGAAUCGCAAUGUUAAGAAGAUGAGGAGAUAUUAAAACAUUGAUGCAAUAGGAGAAACACCAACGAAGGCUGGUUCAGAGAUAGAUAUGGUACAAUCAUUAAUGGGAUCCGCAACUCAAACAACCGCCGGCCAAAUUCAUCGGUUCUCAUUGUUAUUGUUUGUUUUGUUUAUGUUUAUUUUUCUAUAGAUUUUGUUGAUUUGAUUGUUUAUGUUUGAAUCCAUGUUCUAUUUAUGUACUAUUCUUCCAUUGGAUUUUUCUUGAUAGGAUAGUGUUUUGGACGGGGCCUUGGCCCCAAUAAUAGCUAGGAAAUCCUCCUCUCUAAGUGUCGAGCACGGCUCAAUUGCAUAGCAUCCCAAAUUCGCACGACUCAAGUAAACAUAUGUCAUACCCCACGUAUCGUAACGGCCGACAUCGGAAUGAUGAAUAUUUACUGUCCAUCAAGGCUUCUCAGCUGGACGCCAUCUAUCUUCUUUUUUCAAAAAUAAUUUCAACCGUCAAUGAUACUUCUAUCUAUCUAAUUUUUAAAAUGCAUGGGCCCAUCGUCAGAGAUUAUUAAUUAGUUUUGGAGAGAUUUUUUUGGCAUCUCUUGUGUUUUUUUCGUCCUACUAAAUUACCAAAAUAUCUUCUUUUUUUUUAAAAGCGAACACUGCAUUUACUUCAUCCCAAUGUAGCAUGCGAACUGGGAAGUUCCAAUUUGCCAAUUUACAAACUCUCUUUCUAAGUAAGGAUAUGGGUAAAUUGAAAAUAUCAGGAAAAGCACACAUGAUACGCGGAGUGUGAGAAGAAAAACCCAUUAAAAAUCUCAGUCGACAUAACACUUGACCCAAAAAAGUUAAGGCCGACAAAAAACGAGUGUUGAUUUUGAUGGUUUCUCUCCCAACCCCCCUCAAUUCUUUUCUACCCCCCAAA